UCUAUAAAUAGCUUAGAUGACCUUUCAACCCAUCUACAAAUAGCUUAAAUGACCUAUCAAUCUAUCACAAAUCGCUUGAACGACCCUUUGUCACAUCUACAAAUAGUCAUGAUGGAGAAGGGCUUAGUGCCGCGGCUGUCAUUUAUACCUGAAAAAAUAAAGAGUUAUCAGUAAGGAAAAUGGGAAGGGCGGGUGGGAUGUUUUUGUUUGUUCAGGGCAGUUUCAGAGCCUCAGGGCCUGGAUAAAAAAGGAAUUGCAGAAGCAUGCUGAGAACAUUAGUGUAAGGCACGCCAGUCCAAGCUUUAACCAAUCUUACAUACGAACUAUGUAGCACUUAGUAAACGUUAACGUUUAAGCUAAUCAUGUAUAGUGUAAUUAAAUCAUGUCUAAAACUUUAUUCAUACAUUCUUUAAAGAGGUUAUGUUUAAGAAAACAAAAUUGAAUAUUUUCUAAAUUUAUUAAGUUGAAUGUGUGAAAACGUAAAAUAUCCCCUUCUAGUUCUGUAAUAUAAUAUUGCAGAAUAUUACGUAGGUACUCAUAAAAAUCCUCCCACUAAAAUGUUUAUGUAGUAAUUUAAGUUAUAUAGAUCACUACCAUACAUUAUAAACGUGCGAUAUAUGAUUUAAGAUAUAUUUUAAGUUAUAAUUUCUAUAUUAUUUGGUAAGUGUACCUGUCUGAGUCAAGCAUGAAUUACGACGUUAUUUUGAAAUAGCGACCAGGAAGAACGCUGUGCGUAUAAAAUGUCGUUUCUUUCAAAUGAUCACUGAGAUAUUCUAAAGUUAUUAAUCUUUUCUUUACCGAUAUAUUUAGGUAGGCGUUGGGUUGUAAACUUUAUGAUACAUUUUCAUCAAACAAAACUGUGUCUGGUAUUUUAAAGAAAUAUGUAAAGGAUAUGCACGCAAAUAAUAUUUCUUAUUCUGUAAUGUUUUGAAAGUCGGAUGAUACUAAUACAAAUUAAGAAGUGUUCAAUAAAUGUGUAAAUUAUAUCAACAUAAAAAAGAAUAUGAAGUUUAAGAGGCUUCGAUAAAUGUGUAAAUCUUUUAUAAUUUGUCAACACGUGUAUACAUUGUAAUUGGUAAAAAAAUGAAUAAAAAGAAUAUUCGACCAAAGUCGGAAGGUUUGAUCAAGCACAUUUCACAACCGUUGAAUGUUAAACAUGACCUUCAUAUAAGUAAAGAAUCAGUUGAGAAAACUUCUGUACGUAUAGGACAUCAAGCAGCUUUACCACCAGCCCCGUGCCCUGGUAACAAGGAUGAUGUAGACCAAAUUACGUUUCAGGAGCAUGUCAUAUCAAGAGUGCUCAGAGAGGAGAUAAUCCCGGCUCUACGUUUUGAGAUUGGUGAUAUUGUAGAAGAAAAGAUUAAAAAGAUUCACAACGAACACGUUACGAAUACCGAACAUAAUCACUGUAAAUCAUGCACGUGCGAUGAACUGACACAACCGCAGAUUCCUGCCCAGAAGUUAGAGGAUAGUCCGAAACCAUGUGCAUCCAUAUUUCUUGAACAAAGCGACAUUCUCAACGAUGCACGUAAAGAAAAUAUAUCAACAGUAGCAGGUUUUGAGUUAACAGAAGAAAAAAGGGAACAAUUCAAGAAGAAAUGUUUUAGUAACCCCAUAUAUCAUCACAAAGGUCAAAUAUUACUGAUACACACAGAACAUGGGACGAAGCUUGUGAAAUAUGGUUCAACAGAACCUACUUUGAAAGAUGAUCCACUGAACUGCCAAGGUAAAUCCUUAACUGAGUCAGAUGAAAGAGAAUGUCUAGCAAAUGCUUUACAGUGUCACAUUCACGAGCUUGUAGAUAGUAUUGUGUUUAAGGACAGUGAGCUACCUGGCGCCCUUCUUGAAGAUAAUUGUCUUACUGAAGACGAAUGUGCAAAUGUAGGAAAAAUAUUUGACCGUAAGGAUCAGGUUCGUGUCCUUUUAUGUCUUAUAAAAGGCAGAGAUUUUCAUGUUCUCAAGAAAUUCGUGAAUCGUGUUAGGUCUCACAAUGAGCAAGUUGCUAAAAGUAUUGAAAUAAAGUUUGAACAGAAUAAGAAAGAAGGAAUAAGAUGUACAAAAUGUGCUCUCUGUCAACUCACAUCGCACGUAAAUCUGAAGUAUAUAGUUGAUGACUUAUGGAAAUCUGGCCUGAUAAAUGACGGAUUGUUCAGCAUGAUCGUACAGACGGACAAACCUGCUGGUGCUCAGACUAAUCUUUGGAAUGAAAUGAUCGAUUCUUUCAACGCAUUCAGCGUACAAAGUCCAGCUAAUGUAUGCCAUACUCUGAUAAACGCACUGACAAAGAAACAACAUUAUAACCUGCUAGCAAAAGGUGUUGAGUGGAUGAUUUGUACACAUAAAAAACUAGUGUGUGGUUGUAAACUACAAUACAAAUAUAUUCCAGAGAGAUUAUUUAGUUCAAUAAUGUCCUCUAUUUCUCCUCAGUCUUCAGUAUCAGAUACCGGUAUUGUUAUCGGUCUAAACGACGACGCAAGUCCCUCCAUCUAUUCGACGGGGUCUGACAACCCUCAAAACGAAACUACAAAGGAUGAACAGGCACCUUUGGAUUGUUACCAAGGAGACAAAAUGCUGGAGGAAAAUAUUGUUCAUGUCAGUACAUGUACAACUAACAAUUCUGGACAAGAAGUUUCUUCAGUUGCUGACAUAACUGGCUCCGGUGACAAAGUGCAAUCGCCAACAGACAUCUUUAUGUGUACGAGAGGCCAUUCCGUGUUAACACAGUCAUUUUCUGGACCAAUAGCUACAACUAGUGAAACAACGUCCGCUCAUUGUCAACCGAGGAGAACAUCUGUAACAAGACAACACGCUGUUUUGACCGACGACUGGGAAAUAUCACACGUUUGAAAUAAUGUCCUGUAUGAUAUAAACUUUCAUUGAUUGUUAUGAUUUGUUAAAUGGCUGUCAAAUUUUUGAUAUGAAUAUAUCUCAUAGUUUUUGCUAUCUAUAUAUACAUAAAAAAAUUCUACAUGAUUUACAUGAUUUAUAUAUAUAUGUUCAAAUAUAACUGACAUUUAAUUUUACAUUCAAUUAUACAUUUUACUCAACUGAACAGAUAUUCCGUAAAUGAGAACAGUAGUAUAACAAACAAAAUAUCUGCGAUUUUUUUUUCCAAAAUCAAAACAUUGUUAUAAGCAAAGAUAUAAAUCUAAUAGUAGAAUGUUUUGAACGUGAAUUCUAUAAAGCAUUGCUUGACAGCAGCUGCAACAACAACAAACUUUACAAAAUGAUUAAUAUUCUACUGAACCAAUGAAAGAUUAAUUAAUGAAUUUCUGUC